AUGUCCGGCCCCUUUCCCCAUACGGACGAUGUUGUGGACAUCUCGAACGCAAAAAUAUCUUCCAUCGACUUGGCCACCGGCAAUCGGACCAUUUAUGCCAAAGCUGCUGAGGAAACAAGAUUAGACUUUCCAGCGAAUACAGUCAGAAAUUCCAAAUACCAAUGGUGGAGUUUUCUUCCGGCUGCGUUGUACCUGCAAUUUCGGCAAGCUAUAAAUUUCUAUUUCCUAGUCAUCAUAGUGUUACGCAGCAUACCUAGUCUGAGCUCACUAAGGCCCGUGUCUGACGCUAUGGCACUGUUCUUUGUGGUGUCGGUAUCAGUAUUACGAGAAGGGUUGGAGGACUAUCACGUCCAUAGGGAAGACGCUAGGGUCAAUAGCACACCUUGCUUUGCUAGGAGGAGGGAUUUCGACAGCGACCCUGAGGAAGAUACAUGGGAGGUCAUUAAGUGGAUGGACGUGCAAGUCGGUGACAUCCUCCUUGUUUAUUGCGAUGAGGCGGUACCUGCUGAUAUGGUCGUGCUGGGUAGUAGUAGGGAUGGCGAGCUCAAUAUCGAAACCGCAUCGUUGGACGGCGAAACGACGUUGAAGCCUAAGUUCUCCGCUUCUACGGCGCUCGAGUCGCAUCGCGAGAGGAUAAGGAGGCAUACGACUACAACGAUAGCUGAGCCUCCUUCACCAUCGCUGGGCAAGAGGCUAGAUGACGGCGCGGUUGUUACUUGUGGUGCGCCUGUUGGCAGUCUGGACGUCUUCCAUGGUGUUCUCAAGAUGCGUGAGGACGGCGCUCCGAUACCGUUAUCGGCCGACAACUUGGUCCCUCGUGAGGCCAUUUUGAGGAAUGCCGAAUGGAUAUACGGCAUGGCAGUGUAUACCGGACCGGACACUAAAGUGAUGGUAGGACAGAACACUCCAGUGGCUAAGGUCAGCAAAGUACAGAGGAAAUUGGUCCAGAUGGUUCUUAUAGUACUGGGCAUUCAAAUGGUGAUGUGUUUGAGCAUGGGCAUCGGCAGCUCUAUGUCGUCCUUGGGUAGAUCUAGUUCGACAAUUCCCUGGUAUAUUGCGGGAUAUUCUUCAGUGUCAACGGCAGUCGAUUUCAUCAUAACGGUCGUGUCUUAUAUCCCUAUACUGCAGUCUUUGGUGCCGCUAUCACUGAUGGUCACUUUGGAGAUGGUCCGGUUAUUGCAGAGUUAUUUUAUAGAAUACGACACUAGGAUGCGGUAUAUGGGCAGAAGUGCGGUUUGCCGUACUACUACUAUCAACGAGGAUUUAGGCCAAAUUGGGUAUAUAUUCUCGGACAAGACAGGGACUUUGACGGCUAAUGAGCUCCGUUUACGUGCCGUAACAGUUGGUCAUGUGCAUUACGGAGGGCCGGUCGGCUCCCCUGGAGGAGGCAGUCGCCAAGCCAAGGAUAGUCAGGAGUUUGCUGGCCUAGGUGGUGAAGAUGACGAUGAGGAAGGGGAGGCCUGUCCGCCGGCACGGUUCGAUCGGUCCCUUUUUAUGAAGCACUUGCGGGAUACGACAGAUGCCAAUCCCGUAGGGCUGGAUGCAGGGGCAGGAGUGAAGAUGGAAUCUCAGAGGGACAUAUUACGUCAAUUUGCUAGCCUUAUGGCCACGUGUCAUUCUGUUGCACCCGAGCCUGAGGGGUGGACGCCGAAGUAUGCUGGAGAAAGCCCCGAUGAAUGCUGCCUGGUGGAAGCCGCUGCACUUUGCCUUGGGUAUAAGCUGAUUGAGAGGGAGCAGGCUCGUUUGGUCGUGGAGGUUGAUGAUAUGACUGUCGGACUCAGCCGAGAGGAAUGGCGUGUACAGGGGACGAUACCCUUUACUAAUGAGAGGAAGAGGAGUACUGUUAUAUUGGAGCCACCAGGGGAUGAUAAUGAUGUACUGUAUGUGUACACUAAGGGGGCAGAUGAUGUUAUGCUGCCACGACUAAGCGACCAACAAACUGGAUGCCAGGGGGUGACUGCAUCUGUGGUGGCCGCCGUGAACAGAUAUAGUCUCGAGGGAUUCCGUACGCUCAUAUUUGCGAUGAAGGGAAUAUUAAAGGAACAAUGGCAUGAAUAUAAGAAAAGGAUGAACGAUAUAGCACUCAUGGAGCCUGGUAGUGUUAAGGAGAGUCUACUCGAGGCGAUAUAUGAAGAGGUAGAAUCGGAGUUAAUACCAUUAGGAUGUACCGGGAUGGAGGACAGACUGCAGGAGCAUGUUCCGGAGGCUAUUGUGAAGCUGAAGGGAGGCGGUAUAAGGGUAUGCAUGAUUACUGGUGAUAAGCUUGGCACGGCAAUUGAGAUCGCCAAGACUUGCGGCUUGGUGAAGGAGACGGCCAUGAAGUGGCAGAGGGAUGGUAUGUGUUUGGGGUCGAAGGCUAUGGGCAGGCAAUCGCUGGUGAUCUUUGAUUUUGAGGACCCUGUGGAGUCUUGGGGGCAGCUCAAGAGGGUCGCAGAUGAGCUCGCUGGGAUGGAGGAAACGCAGAAGAGUGAUAUGGACUUCGCCAUAGUCAUCAGCGGCAGGAGCCUGGGGCACGUGUUAGAUGAUAUAUACGCUGAGGAGAGGGCUGUUGAAGGAGAUGACGUCCUGGUGGAGAGUCUGACGUGCCUUCUUAUGGAGCGUGUGGGGGUGGUGUCAUUAGUCAUGGAUAGGGUAGGGAGCAAAGGAGCCCUUUGUCUGGCUAUAGGGGAUGGGGCCAACGACGUACCCAUGCUCAACAAAGCUCAUGUCGGGAUAGCUGUAUUUGGAAAGGAGGGCACUGCGGCAGUCCAGAAUGCUGAUUUUGCCAUACCACAAUUCUGGCAUAUCACCAGGCUGUUGUUGGUCCAUGGGCGAUGCUGUUAUUUGCGAAUAUCUAAACUGGUGCUUUACUUCUUUUUCAAGAAUAUGGUGGUGACAGUGCCUCAGUGGUUGUAUGGUAUGGCGAAUGGUUACAGCGGAGCGACGCUUUUCGAUGAGUAUUAUCUUACGUUUUUCAACCUCAUAUUUACCAGUAUUGCACCUUUCCUAUUAGGAGUUUUCGAUCGGGAUGCUUCCCCGGAGUUUGACAAACUUUACGAUCUUCCACAUGUGUCUGCUGAAGUGAUAAGGAAAGGUUAUCCGAAGCUGUAG